UUUUAUCAUCUAUUUUUUUAUAAAAUUUCUCGUAAAAAAAUGAGUGUAUUUAUUAGCUGUUUUCUUGGUAAAUUUCUCAAUAAAAUAAGAAAUUCCAGUACGUAAUUGCACCUCGACUUUAAUUUUCAACGUUUCAAGUAAAACGGCUCCAAUUAGUUCUGAAAUAAUACUCGAAAACAAGCAAGCGAUCAUAUGCUAGCAAUAUUGAAGAUGAUGGAGUGUUUGUCGAAUAUUGAUAACGUAUCGUAAGACGCUCCUACGUAAAACAGCGACUUCCCGAUUGUGAGAACUUCUUCAUCUACGCUUCCUUCAGAAUCAUCUCAUCAUGGACAUUGAAAACGAAAUCUGGAGAGAAUGUACCAAAUGGUUGACUCGCUGCGGAGCCUUACGCCCUGAUCACAAAUUGAACUGGUCCGAUUCCACGAUUGCGGAUUUCGCUUACACUUUGCGAGAUGGUGUACUGCUGUGUAACUUGUUGAACAUCUUGGAUUCGGAAUCGUUCGAUAUGAAAGACGUGAAUCAAAAACCGCAAAUGGCUCAAUUUUUAUGCCUUCGCAACAUAAAAACAUUUCUGCAAGCGUGUCAAGAGUUAUAUGGGUUACAAGAAUGUGAUUUAUUUGAACCGUCCAUGUUGUUCGAUUUAUCGGAUUUUUAUAAAGUAAUGAAUACUCUGUCUAGACUUUCCAAUUGUCCGAAGCUUAGGAAGAAAGGGAUUCCGGGAUUUAGUAUUCCGAAGUUGAGAACGCCUUCGCAAGAAGACAUUUAUCGUAAUCUUAACGCUGGUAUAAGUAACGAUACUAACGAUACAUCUGACAGCGAAGAUAUCGCGAAUUUUGAUAAUGUGCUUCGUUGGUCUCCCUUCGAUGAUGAGGGUGAGAAACACGUUUACGAAGAACUUUGCUAUGUUACCUUUGGCAAAGAGAUUCCGGUCGCCGUCGUUCCCAGCAUUGAAAAACGUGAUUACGUUAUUAAUGAGUUAAUCGAAACGGAAAAAAAUUACGUCGAUGUAUUGAACACGUUACAAAAAAGUUUCAUGCGACCUUUAAAAAACUGCAUCAGCGAGGAUGAUUACGCGACAAUAUUUUUCGGCAUCAACGAAUUGGCCGAAAUACAUACUGGUUUUCAUGUCCAGCUCCGUAAAGCAUGCACUCCCUGCAGUACUCAACGCCUGAGCGAAGUAUUUUUAGGUUGGAGACAGCGAUUCAUCAUUUAUGGCGAUUAUUGCGCCAAUUUGACCUCGGCCGAGUCGAGAAUUUUAGAAAUUUGCUCGAAAAAUGAAGUCAUUAAACAGGAAGUUGACCGAUGUCAGCAAGAAGCUAAUAAUAGUAAAUUUAAAUUGAGAGAUUUAUUAUUCGUGCCGAUGCAGCGGAUUUUGAAAUAUCAUUUAUUGCUCGAUAAACUUCUGCAAGAAACUCAACCUCAUCAUGAAGAUUUUCGUGGAUUAGAACGAGCAAAGGAGGCGAUGGUUGAUGUUGCCGAGUAUAUCAAUGAGGUAAAAAGGGACAGCGACACUCUACACAUCAUCGAUAACAUACAACAAGCUAUUACCGAUUGGACUAUGACCGAAAAAAACACAUAUUUGAAAGAUUUCGGACGUUUACUGAAGGAUGGCGAAGUAAAAGUGAAAUGCUCGAAUGAUCCAAAAACCAGAUUAAGAUACGUUUUCGUAUUCGAUCAAAUUUUAUUAAUGUGUAAAUUAAUGAGGGGCGAAACAUACAGUUUAAAAGAGAUGUUGCAUUUAAACGAAUACAAAAUCGAAGAAAUUACUCGACGUACUGUCAGUAGAGAAACAUCUGCGAGAUGGAAUCACUCGUUUAAUCUAAUUUAUAAAUUCGAAUCGAACAAUGUAACGUAUACUUUUUGUUUGAAAACCGAAGAUUCUCGUAGGAAAUGGGUGAAAGCGUUGCAAGAUGCUUUAGAUAAUAUCGAACCUGCGUCGGCGAGACAUACAGAGCAUAAGUUUCUGUUUCAAACAUUUGAUAAACCGUCGGUUUGCAAUUAUUGCAGUAAAUUUUUGAAAGGUCGAAUUUUCCAGGGUUAUAAGUGUACAAAUUGUGGAAUCGCAGUCCAUAAAGCUUGUAUUGUUAAUUCGAACCGAUGUGGCACCAGACAUCAGCCAGAAAUACCUCCUAGGCCUCCGUUUGGUUCACUAGCUUCUCGAAGUCCUCUCAGUCCCAAUUGCUUUACUCCAUUAGAUGGUCAACUCGUCGAUUGGGGCAGAGAAUGGUCAGAUAAGGAUUUCCUGUCUGAACAUUUGUGGUUUGUCGGUGAAAUGGGUCGAGACCAAGCUACCAAUUUAUUAGAACAAGAAAUCGAUGGUACGUUUUUGGUGCGAAUUCGACCUCAAGGUCCAACUCACACCAAUGAAUCAGCAUUUGCGUUAAGCUUAAAAACUGAUGGUAAAGUGAAACAUAUGAAAGUUUAUGAAAAGAAGGUGAACGGAUCAUCUAAUUAUUAUCUAUCGGAAUCUCGAUUCUUUCCAAGUCUAAUCGACCUGAUCAGUUGCUACGAACAAACUAGUCUUGGUGAAAAUUUCAUGGGGUUGAAUGUUCGACUUCAGUGGCCAUUCAGAAGAAUAAUGGCUGUCGCUGAGUUUGAUUUCAAUCCCUCUGAACCAAAUCAGUUACCAUUGAAGAAAGGUUGCCAAGUAUUAGUGCUGAGCAAAGAAGGCGACCACAAAGGAUGGUGGAAAGGACAAAUUAACGAUAGGAUUGGCUUUUUUCCAAAGGUUUAUGUUCGAGAGAUAUCGGAUACAUUUCAAAUGAAUCGACAUAUGUAAUAAUCUCUUGUUGUGUUUUAAUUUAUUAUACUCAGAACUAGCUUCAUCGUUUUUGCUUGUUUUAAUUUGGCCGUAGUCUGUGAUACUAUUGUAAGCUUAAUUUUUCUUUACUGUUUCGACUCGUAUUUUAAUUUAAUUUUGCUUAAAAAUGUAUAUUCCAACUGCAAAUUAUUUUAUGUAUUCUUUUUUCUAUGUUAUUUAAUACGAUUUACUUGUUUGUGUUUUAUUCUCAAUUAAUAUCAUACGUGUUGUGAUGAUUAAAUUAUUGUGUUUUUAAUGUGCUCAAAGAUUAAAAAUUUCGUAAAUUC